AUGAAGAAGCGCCUCUUGAUGCCCAGUAGGGCCUCUGCUCUCGUGGCCGCCGUGUUGUGCCUGCAGCUCGUGUGCGCCCUGCCUGGGGGGGUGAUGGACGGAGCUGUGGGUGUGGUUGGCGUGGCUGGGGAGGGCUGCCAGGCCCAGGGACCAAGCCGGAACCUCCUGCUCAACGGGAAGUCAUACCCCACCAAAGUGCGCCUCAUCCGGGGGGGCUCCCUGCCCCCCGUGAAGCGGCGGCGGAUGAACUGGAUCGACGCCCCUGACGACGUGUUCUACAUGGGGCCCGGGAGGGGUGUGAGGAGGAAGCCACCAGAGCGGGUGGGGACAGGGGAGUCGGGGGACCCCCACCUUACCCCCUCCUGCCCCCAGCACGAUGGCCAGCCCUACUGCCACAAGCCCUGCUACGGAAUCCUCUUCGGACCCAAGGGUGUGAACAUCGGGGGUGCCGGCUCCUACAUCUACGAGAAACCGGCUGUAGAGGGCCCGCAGGUCACUGGCCCCAUCGAGGUGCCCGUGGCCCGAGCUGAGGAGCGGAAGGCGAGUGGCCCCCCAAAGGGGCCCAGCAAAGCCUCCAGCGUCACCACCUUUACCGGGGAGCCCAACAUGUGUCCUCGCUGCAACAAGAGGGUCUACUUCGCUGAGCGGGUGACGUCCCUGGGGAAGGACUGGCACCGGCCCUGCCUCAAGUGUGAGAAGUGCGGGAAGACCCUGACCUCGGGGGGCCAUGCCGAGCACGAAGGCAAGCCCUACUGCAACCACCCCUGCUACGCCGCCAUGUUCGGACCCAAAGGCUUUGGUCGAGGUGGCGCUGAGAGUCACACCUUCAAGUAGACCCAGGUACACCCCACCCUGAUCCCC